CAAACAUCAGUGAGGAUCGGCCGUUUCUGCUGUCGGCGCGGGACAUUUCAUGACAGGAGGACAGUUCACGUUAAUCAGGCCAAAUGGCGUCACUGGCCGGCAGGUGAUUGUACGGCUGCCAUCCUCCCCCCCAGCAGGGAAUCACGACAGACCGAGGGGCUCUGCUGCUCGCUCGGCUCGGCUCAGGCCUCCAGAUAAAAGCUGCAAGGAAAAGACGUGACAGGCGACAUUUCACACCUCCAGUAUCGCCAAUGCAUCGGGUUUGUGAGUUCAUUUGAUGUCUGCAAGCUCAGGGGGUGCGAGAUCCUGCAAAAUCAAAACCCAAGAACGAAAGUGACAACUAGCACCCACAUCUGCGACCACCCUCAUGUUCCUGCAGAGCACCGAGUAGCUCUUUCUAAAAACACUGUUGCAGAGCUGAAAGGAAGGGACUCAUUUCCAACAUGGAGGGCGCAGCAGUGGACAACCUAAUUGACUUCGACUUUCCCCCUGAGACCACAGCUCUUGGCGUAGAUGGAGGCCAACACCAAGGCCACACAGACAUUUUCUCCCCAGAGCCGACAUCUUCCAUGGGACUCCACCAGCAGCCCAUACUGCCAGAGCCCAUGGCGCCGACCAAGCCCAGCUCUCACCACCGCCGUCACCAAGACGAAGGAGACGACGACAGCGACGCUACAGAGUCGGCCGACAGCGAGAACGACAUGGACCCGCCCUCUCAUAUGUGGGAGCUGAGGAGGUCGUCAUCCUCGUCCGCUCACAGCGGAGAGGACGCUGACGCUGAGGCGGUGGAGAGGAGGCAGUUCAUGAAGGCUUAUGUGGAAAAGGUGUUUCAUGGAAAGGAGGACUUUGACCAGGAAGAGAAGGCUCGUUUUGGAGAGCUGUGCAGUGGAGAGAACGGCAAAGGCAGAGAGUGGUUUGCCAAAUACGUCAGUGCACAGCGCUGCCACUCCAAAUGUGUGUGUGAAGCCACCUUCUACAGACUGGUGCAGUCCUUUGCAGUUGUGCUGUUUGAAUGUUACCAGAUGGAUGACUACAGCCCAGCCAAAAACCUCAUGACUAUGUGCUUCACAUACUACUACAUUGGGAAGUCCCAGCCGUCUGCCUCAGAGCUGCUGGAUCGUGGUGGACCUCCUCCCGCUCUGGACUCGUACCUCAACAAGGCCAACUCCUGGCUGUCUGGCAAGAAGGAUGCCGCCGAGCGCCUCCUUAAAAACACAUCUAAGACUGACGUCAAAGGCUUCUUUGGAGGCCUAGAGAGCAAGCUGAGGAGCUCAGUGGCUCCCAAGACUGAGGAUGGGGAAAGCCCAGUUGAGACAAAGCCCAUAUCACCAGUGUCUGAGGAAAAAAAAGCAGAGAAGGUGUACCUGUACACCCACCUGAAACAGCAACCCAUCUGGCAUACACUAAGAUUUUGGAAUGCUGCGUUUUUUGAUGCCGUCCACUGUGAGAGGAAGAAAAGAUCACCAACCACGAGGGAAAAGUGGUGUCAUAUGACCCAGGAGGAGAGGGACGACAGCUCUAAAAUCGAUGAGAACAUCGCCUUCGGCCAGCUGGGGACAUUCACUCACAACAUGCUGGCGUUUGGGCUCAGUAAGAAGCUCUGCAAUGACUUCCUGAAGAAGCAGGCCGUCAUUGGGAACCUGAAUGAAGAACAGUACAAGUUGCUGACUGACCACAUAGAAAAAAUGGCGGCAGAGUGAGUUUGAGGACGACAGGCUGCAUUUCAAAGUCUCCACGUAACAGACUGACAGCACAUACGCAUCAGCUAUUUCCUUUCAACUCAACGUCACAGUGACUCUCCGUUUGACUGUUGCUGCGUUUGUGUGGUGCGCUGCUGAAAAACGUGACCUGCUGUCCUGAACUGUGCAAUAUUGUAGCAAAUCCUAUUUAUCCAACUUGGGAGUGCUCCUCUGGCCCCAGUCCUAUAUCAGCAAUAAUACAUCAUAAUCAGCUGGUGCAUACUUUAAUAUCUGUAGCACCUGUGCUUGUGACCUGCUUUAAAAAGACUAGAAGCAGUGAAACCAUCCAGUAUAAAACCUAAACAGCCUCAGUGUGGUGUCUGGCUCUCUGGAUUUAUACUUUAUACACAGAGAUUAUAAAUUAUAUUAUCCCCUAUGCUGUUUUAUUCUGUGUUUCCUCUGCAGCCAUAUUUAUUACAUUACUCUAACACAUCUAACUGCAUGUGUUGAAAGACUGUACUAAGCUUUGUCCUGCCUUGUUACAUUUUACAUAAAUGUCUGCAUACAAUUCAAACCAAAUCUGGAUAUAAUAGUACAUGGCAAUAAUAACUCAGAGUGCUUUAAUCUGCUAUUCAGGUGGCUUCAGGUCAGUUUUCAAGCACAAAGUCAGUUAAUUAGUGAAUACUCUCAUACGCUCAUCUGUGCUUUCUGUAAUAUUGCAGUAUCCUAUUUGGAAAUGCAAAAAAAAAAAAUAAUAAUAAUACAGCUUUAACAUAUGUAACACACAAUCACUGGUAUUUACAAGGAAUCAAUAUCCGCCCAUGCCUUCUCUUAAUGAAGUUAAGUUUUCUCAAAAUUUUUAGAAAUACACUUACUUCCUUUCUUGCAGAGUUAGAUAGGUCUGUAUGUCUGUGUGCUAAAUACGAGGCUACAGGGAGGAGAAGGUUAGCUUUGUUUAUCUUAGCUUAGCUUAGCAUAAAGCCUGGAAAUGGGGGGAAACUGCUAGCCUGGCUCCAACCAAGGGUGACAAAAUCUACCUACAAGCACCUCUAAAGCUCAUAAUUAACGUUUCAUGGCAAAACCAUGACUUGUUGUUAUAGCUCUUCAGUUUUUUCACAGAUUAAACAAACAACAUAUGUAUGUAUUAAUUAAUGAGCUUUAGAGGCGCUGGUAGGUGGACAUUUGACCUUUGCACAGGCUAACUGUUUUCCCCUGCUUCCAGGCUUUAUGCUAAGCUAAUAUCACUGCUUCUCAUUAAACAGCCAAUGGUUUUGCCACAUUUGCUCUGGCAUUUCUAAUCUGGUGGUGUUCGUCUUACGUUUUUUAAUGAGAAACUUGGCAACAUGAGAGACUCCUUAUCCAUCCAAAGUGCCUUCCAUGAAAGUUAAUGUCCUCGUCUUUAUCCUCUGAUGAUACCCUCGAUCGCCUGACCAAACACUAAUGCAGCGCCUGCAAAGAUCACCCUUUUUCUCAUUCGCUGAUGGAUGAACAACCUCCGCAUGCAAAUAGAAUUUGUUGUAUUGCUAUUUGUGUAAGCAGUGUUUUGGUUUCAUUUGGUUGAGCUGUAAAUGCCAACAGCAUAGCUAAGCAUGUUGUCUGGAUCAAAGACUGGCCCGCCGUGCACGCUCUUCCUAUCCUGCUGCAUGUGUAUCUGUCUGUAUAGCCAUCUAGCACAUGCAAACAGCAUCAAGCAGUUCAUGAGCAACUGAACUGGGAAGUGAAGUUCCGUAAUUGUAUUACUUAACUCUUCCACUGUGGGGCAGCAUUGUGUCUUCAUUGAAAGCACUUCUCACUUCCUGAAUCAAAAAAAAUUCUUCUGAGCUGUUUUAAUUAUAUAUCAGUGUGUGCUUUUUAAAUAAUGAAAUGUGGUUAUCUACAUUUGAUGCACCUUCUGGCAGGAUGAAUCCCAUUUCAGAUUGUUUCAGACUAUUGUGUUGAUGAAGCCGUUUUGUAAAUACUGUACAUGUUUCUCUGUAUGUUGUCCGAAUAGAUCACGUGCUGCUGUUUGUGAAUUCUGUGUCUUUGAUUGUAAAUGUAUAAACAAUAGAUAUAAUAGCACAUUGUGACCAUCGUUUCCAUGAGGAACAUAAAUGUCAAACUGUAGUUGUGACCCCGAUGUGGCCCCGUACAGCCCACCUCUGUUUGAUGUGGACAUUCAAAGUAUUUGCAGAUCGUGCUGUCUAAUAAUCUCCAGUGUAAAUGUAAUCAUUAUCUCACAGCUGAGCGGUGUUUUGAGCUACGCGCAGUUUAAUCAUGCAACUCAUACAGGAAGCCUUGCAGUCCUCUGUCCCCUUCACACUGUUUUGAAUUGAAAGUGUCCCUUUGCGUGUUCCCUAAAUCCAUUUCUAACCCUUUGAAUCAUUUACUGAAUGGCUAAUCACCACUAAUUCCCUACCAUUGUGUUUUUCCCGCUGUGACCUUUGACCAUGUUGCAACAAGUAUUGACCUGUAUACUGUACUUGUUGGUUUGCUCAGCACAAGCCAUUUGCACUACAUUUAGUCUCGACAUCUCUAUACUCACACUAUCUUCCUCUGAAUGAUGCUACAUCGAUGCCUUUUGUAUUUGAUCUGAAUGGCCAGUGCAUGCUCUCUCUCUCUCUCUCUCUCUCUCUCUCUCUCUCUCUCUCUCUCUCUCUCUCUCUCUCUCUGUCUCCUGUCUCUCUCUCUCUCUCUAAAUCGAGCACAUCAGCGGUGAAAUGUUGACGGUAGAUGUCUUUUGUUGCCUCGAUGAAAAGACCGUUUUUAACCAUACUGAGUUUGUGUAAAGUAUCGACCAAGUGAAAUUCAGCAUUGAAGUAGUACAUCAUGUACAUCAUAUGUUUUAUUGGAUUGCCCUGUUGAUAAGCUCACGUUGUGAUGAGGAUGUGUUCUCCAAAUAAAUGUGCUGCAUUGUGAAAGUGAACUGUUACAGCUGAAAACAUGCUAACUGUGUUUGGUCUGUGAUUGGGCCUGGUUUAGCUGCUGUGACUGUAUGGUACACAUGCAUGUUAAACGUAUGUGAUCAGGUGGUGACACUGCUAAAUGAAGAAUUUAGCCUGUAUGUAACAAUGUUAGCAAGCAUGGAGCCGGUGAUCUACUGGGAACGAAAGGUUAAUCUCAAUGAGUACAUGGUCAUCUGGCCUACAAUACUCUACGGCUGACAGAUAAAAACAACAUAACAGCUCCUGUGUUAUUUGCUGUAUGUGCAGACGCCUCUGAACGUGUGUCAAACAGAGGUGUUACUGCUUUCAUUGUGCUUUGCUCGCUACUUUUUUAAAUAUUCGCUUUGCUUGUACAUGUUGUCUUAAUGUUGAUUCAAGUUGCUGGUACCGUAAUAAAUUAAUUUUUUGAUGUCA